AUGGGAAGACUUAAUAACUCAGAAUUUUUAACGAAGUUAUCGGAGGUAUUAAUAUCAAAUAAUGGUGAAUCCUCUGUUUAUUUAACGCAAAAACGGUUAACAUCAACAUUGCCAAUAGAUGAACCAACUUCAAAGAUUAACGACUUAUCUUCCAAUGUAAUCAAGACAGAAGCGUUUGAAAAAAAUACAACAACUUAUCCUGUUCUUAUCCGAAUUUCUAUGAAUUCGGGAAAUAUGAAAAGCUCUUCUCAAUCAAAGCAGAAAACAAAACUAUCAACAGUUGUUGAAACAAGUAAUUUGGAUCAAUUUUGGAGUGAGUAUGUUCAAGUGAUUAAAAAUGGAUUUGUUGGGUUGAAAAAGAAGGAUAAGAAAAAGAACAAGAAGUCGGGUAAAGUUUCUAAAUAG